AAAAUCCAGAGCCUUCCCCCAUCCCACCCACCAUCCCACCCACCGUCCCAAUCCGACCAAACCCUAGGAAAUCUGCCGGCCAUGGCGAUGUCGGAUCUCGCGGCCGCGGUGAUCUCCAAGGCCAACGGCGGCGUGGACGGCGAGGAGCCGGUGGAGAUCCGGGAGGUGUGGGCGGACAACCUGGAGGCGGAGUUCGCGCUGAUCCGCGACGUCGUCGACGAGUUCCCCUUCGUCGCCAUGGACACCGAGUUCCCGGGCAUCGUCUGCCGCCCCGUCGGCGCCUUCCGCUCCCCGGCCGACUACAACUACGCCACCCUCAAGGCCAACGUCGACAUGCUGCACCUCAUCCAGCUGGGCCUCACCUUCUCGGGCCCCACGGGCGAGCUCCCUGCCCUCGGCGCCGGACGCCGCCGAUGCGUCUGGCAGUUCAACUUCCGGGAGUUCGACGACGAGCGCGACAUCUUCGCCACGGACUCCAUCGAGCUGCUCCGCCACAGCGGCAUCGACUUCCGCCGCAACGCCGAGCGCGGCGUCGACGCCCGCCGAUUUGCCGAGCUGCUCAUGUCCUCGGGCGUUGUGCUCAACGACGCCGUCUACUGGGUGACCUUCCACGCGGGAUACGACUUCGGCUACCUGCUCAAAAUCCUCACCUGUAACAGCCUCCCGGACACACAGGCUGGGUUCUUCAAGCUGAUGAAGAUAUAUUUCCCCACUGUCUAUGACAUCAAGCAUCUCAUGAAGUUCUGCAACAGCCUGCACGGCGGGCUGAACAAGCUCGCCGAGUUGCUCGAUGUGGAGCGUGUUGGAGAGUCACAUCAGGCCGGGUCCGAUAGCCUGGUCACGUCUUGUGCGUUCUGGAAACUCAAGGAUUCCUUCUUUGCUGGAUCAACCGAGAAAUAUGCAGGCGUGCUGUAUGGGCUCAAUGCAGAGAAUGGUGUCAGUGCACAUUGAUGGAUGAUGCUCCCUUUGAAUAGCUCUGUGAAUGGGUUGAUUUAGGACAGAAAGAGGUGGCGAGUGAGUUAGCAGGCAAAAUGAUGACCAACUAUGUAGGUUGAGCUUGUCUCACUCAAUUAGUCAAUUCCAUUUUGUUGGAUGUAAUUUGAACGUAGUGUUUUUCAGUUAUUCCCAUUGAACUAGUGUUUUCUACUUAUGCUGUUAGCUUUCUCUUACAUAUUACAUAAAUAGAAAAGUAUCACCUUUA